UAGACACCUUGUCGGCCUCAGACACAAAAUUAAUUCGAAAGAAAUGUACUAGUCAUUCGUUAGUUAAACAAGAAGCGUUUUCUCAAGAUGCAAACUUCAGACUUCAUUAAAGUAACUUCAGUCAUUUCCAAAGAGGAUUCAGGAGGGGAUUGCUUUGUCACAAUCCAAAAGAGAGACCUGGAAAGGCUGUGCACUGAGGUCAUGCAACUACGGGAAUUUCUGCCUAAAGUCAUUAACCGUGACUUUCUGGAUGCCCUGCACAAAUCCCGCUCUUUGGACACCCUUAAAGAACAGAGCCAGCAGGAGCAGCAGCAGCUGAAGCAGGAGUGUUUACACCUCCACUCCCGCCUCGAUGCAGCACAAUCCGAGUGCCAUAGAGAGAAAGAGGAGAAACUGGUUCUAAGACAGCGGUUAUGGGAAAGCCGUGAGCAGCUGCAGCAACAGGCGGAUUUCUGUACAGGUUUGGGUGCCGCUACCUGCACUGUGCUCUGGAGCGCUUCCCGUAGAGAAGAAGCUGUAAGAGACAUCCUGGCUGAUGGAAAGCUGGAACCAUUUCUGAGUGUAGCAGGUCAAACCCUGGAGAGUUUUGUGAAAUCUCUGGACGAGGAGGAAAAACCGCAGCAGAACUACAAUACCAGUGAACACCAGUUUGUUCUGGCACUGGCUGGUGUCAUCACCAAUUUGGCAGCUGUGACUUGUGGGAGGGACUUCAUUUCCAGCUCUGCACAUGUCUUGUUGGACACUCUGAUGCAGCUGCUCGGGUUGAUGAAGUCUGGGGUCUUUCCAAAGCUUAAAGUGCUGAUGCUGAUGGCUUUAUACAACGUCAGCUUAAACGUAAAUGGACUGACUUACAUCAGCGAGAGUCCUGCACUCCUGCCACUUAUAUGCACCCUGCUUAAAGAUCGGGACUGUGAGGUAUGUCUGCAGGCCUUGCGGCUGCUCCAGUCUCUUUUUGUGGAGGGUGACGUAUUGGUCCAAAUCAACCCAGACCUCCAGCGUUCCCUUCCAGUGGAGCAAAUCCGUCAAUUGUCCUCAAGCCGCCAUUCAGCCCUUAGACAGACAGCACAGGAAAUGUUGGAGGACAUCAACACCCUCACCAAAACUCGUCACGCAAACCCAGAGAACGAACAGUGAUGAUGCAGACACCUACCGACUCUACUAGUCUCAGUCCAAACACUCUGACGUGUAAUCAGUUAAAUAGGAUUAGAGGUCAGAGGGUCUGUUGAAAUAUGGCUCGUCUGACUUCCUGGGUAGUCUAGGAAGAAAUGAUAAUGGUGAAAAUAGCUGAUGUUUCUCUCUGUUAAGAUUUCUACUACAUGUAAGACUGUAAUUCUCUCUGUUGUUAUUAAGACAAAAAUGGUUGUGUUCCAAUUUUGCUGUUCCAUGUGUUCCUUUAAUGCCUUAAAUAAUAUUAAACUACAUUUAAUAUUGA